AUGGAUGCUCGAAGAGCCUUGCCAUUCUUACUGCUAGUGAUCUGCGCGAUCAGCGCGGCCUCUAUCAUCAGGAAUGGUCGGGGCGGCCCCAACAAUAUUCGACGCAUUCGCAGAAUCAAUCUGAGCGAAUACCUCGUUCCACCGCCACUGCCAAGGUUUCAUCCACCGGGUAGAGUCGCAAGAUUGGUUACCCCUCAACCGACUGAGGCGCCAGGAUAUUUUGCGCGAUUUAUGAAUUGGUUCAAUCCCUUCGGUAUCGGUUCUUCGUCAAAUACGCCGGCGUUGUCACCACCACCACCACCACCACCACAACUCCCCCAUACCAAAACUGCGUAUCCUCCAUCGAAUUUUAUACCUCCUUCAGCUCCAGGGGAAAUCUAUGGCAGUUCCUCUCCUGCAAUUUAUGACAGACCACCUCCUCCUUCCUCCUCCCUCAACAAUCAUCCGGGAUAUCCCUCUUCGAACAAGGCUAAAAACUGCAAUCCCUGCAACAAAGUUCCAUGGAUGCCGAUACAGCACGGUGAUUAUUCUCAUUCGGGAGAUGCUUCUUUCGCAUUGCCGCCACCACCACCGCCCCCUCAAUUAUCGCCAUCAUUAAAUGGCGAAUAUCUGCCACCCAGAAAUCACGAGGUACCUUAUGACGCUCAUCAUGCUGCUUCGCAAGAAGUUAGAGCUCCAGAUUUUUCUUUUCCACCACCAUUGCCCAGUGGACAAGACGGAUCUUUCAUUAGUCCGCUGCCAAAUCCGCAUCUGUAUCCUGGAGCAAUGCCACCACUCUUCAAGGCGGAAGAUUUCAAUCAUCCUGUACAAGCCGUUCCCAACAGUAACUCGGAGUAUCUUGAUGCACCACCAUCACCAUCAUCUGUUUUUGGAGAUGUUAGAUCCGCGGGAAAUGGCUCUUUUCCGAGUACAGCGCAGCUCAAUUUUAAUGGUGAAGCGGUCGUUCAUCCAGAUUUUUCAAAUUCUGAUCCAGGAGUGAGGCAUCAAGAAUUAGGAUAUACUAAUUCUGACGUAAACAAUCCUGGCGUCAGCAACGGAUGGUUCGAGCAUUUUAAUGCUCAGAAUUAUAGUGCGCACCGUGAUCUAUCUCCUAGCGGAACUCAGGUGUCGCAUGGUCAUUCUGAUCUUAUACCAGAUCAGCAAAGAUUUGAAAAUACCGAAACUCAAAGUUCACUCGAUUCUAUAAGUCAUCAAACAUCGUUUGGCAAUUCCGGUGUUCUAAUCGAUCAAAAUCCUCCCAGCAGUUACGGAAUUUCCGGUCUCGAUCGAAUACCGGGUAACCUCGAGCAUCAAUACAAUGAUUUGUCCUCCAGCGCCAACGUCGUUGAAGACUCUCGCGCACCUUUGCGUGUUACAGAUGGAUCUUCCGGAAAGAUUGAAGAUUCGAUACAUUUUGAGGAGUCACUGUUGCUAGAUUUCACGCACAAGGAUGAAAGUCGGACGGACUCGUCCUCGAUACCGCCGACGUCUAACGCGUUCACAGACUUUACGAAUAUUGAGACUGCCGGGACGACUUUGACACUUGAUGAUGAGAUUUUUGAAACACGUCACGACAUUACUACAACAGAGUCUUAUCUUUCCACGGAUCGCUUCCAGACGAUCAAUUUUGUAACAUCCUCAGAGGAGUCGAAGAUUAACGACAGUGCAACACAAAACUCCAAUGGAGGUCUCCAUGAUCAUAGGGCUCUUCGGGGGCAAGACGUUUCCUAUAUUCCGCCAUCUGAUCAGGUUGGAUAUUUAUGGUCAAGCGUCGUAUCGACGACUUCAAGAAAUACAGAGAGCGGAGGACUUUGGAACACUCUGAACUCUGUAUUGAAUCCUUAUGACGAUGUAGCGGAGGAAACAUUGAAUCAAAAUUUUAAUGUUAAAUCGAAAGAUAUGAAUAAAACAUCUACAAAACAGCAAGACGCAAAGAGGAAAUACACGUCACAGUAUACACCACUUCCGUUCCAUUCAUCACACGAACGAAAUCACGAUCGAAAGGCUUUGAAUUUUGCGAGUGAAUCCAAUCACGACAAGUAUUUUAGCGAAUCGAGAAACAGUAUUAAAGUGACCAGUCUUUCAAAUUCUUCGUAUACUCGGCCGACUAUUUCGGCAUUGUUAGCAGAUAUUACUAGGAAAUCAGUCGGUACUAAAGAAAACAACUCCAUAGACGUACAUAAAUUACAAAAGAAUAUUGAUAAUUGGACGAUACAGGAAUAUUCGAAGGGUACAACCGCCGCUAUUACAGUUUCGCCUAGUUCGGUCAAUCCGUAUCUUUUCCCUUCAAAGCAGAUUCCUGAUGAAUACUUGACGACCACCGAACCUGUUAAUCAUAUUGAUUCUUACGACGAUAACGUUAAAACUUUUACUUUGGCCGGAUUUAGUUUCAACGAUUUAGACUACAAAGGUUCGGCCAGCAACCAUGUAGAAGGACCGCGAAUACAAGUGAUCGAAAAUUCAAACUCGACUGAGAAUUCUACUGACAUUUCCACCGCAUCCACAAAGAACGACAACACAUGGCAGGGCUUCUCCGUGGAUAUUUCUUCGGUGAAUAAGGAACGCGUCUACGUGGUGACGCCUCAGCCUAUCAUAACCACUCCUAAAUCGAAUUCUGUUGAUAAGAGGAAAGAAAAAGCGGUGAAAGAAGCAGACAGAAAUUCGAAAGUCUUGGAAACGGAGACGAAAAGAAACAAGAAGAAGUCCAAUACGUUCGAGUCAAUCGAGAAAGCCUAUCAAGUGCUACCUCAGGCUGUGAACAACUUGGCUGUGGCUUCUACGGGUCCAGAGAGCGUUCCCUUGUGGGGCAUCAUGGAGCACGAGGAGUUUGCGUCGCUUGACGAGAAUGAACACGAGAGCGAGGACAGUGAAUCUCCUGAAAUUCCUGUGCUGUAUGCUGGGCACUCGAAGGUAUCACGUGCCAGCCGAUGACGGAUUAAUAGUGAAAAAUGCUCAAAAGGAUUAUUCAUGCAUGUGCAGACAAUAUUGAUGAUACGUUUUAGUGAAAGAUGAGUGAUUGUGAACAGUUAUUUUAUCAUAAAAUAGAGUUUUUCGAUCAUAUUUCGACGAACUUUUUACUUAACAAUAUUUAAUGCAACCAGUGAACUCUUUCUCUCUCUCUCUCUCUCUAUCUAUCUCUCUUUCUACUUUGAUUCUACGUAUGUGCGUAAGUGAUUAUUGUGGCCAGUGUACCGGAUAAAUGUAUUUUGUAAUCCGAAUCAUGUGUAUCUUUACGAGUUUUGCUAUAAGUAGUACAAUAAGUCUAAAAGCAAGAAAUAAGCCUAGGAAAAACUAUGACAGUGCGGCUUAUAUUUGCAUUAAGUUGUCAUUACAACUUUUGCAAAGUGGUUGGAAACCAAUAUUUCAAAUACAGAGAGAAUGCCAAUUUAUAUAUGUGUAAAUAAGUUACAUAAUAAUUUUAAUAAUUCUCAUUUUGAUAAUUCUCUCUUUUACAAGAGAACUAUGCUGUCCUUCGAUAGUACAAUCGUACUUAAGUUACUUGGAUUAAGAUAAACAAAUAAGGAAUAUAUCGUAAUCUUUUUUAUAUUAAAUUAAUGUGUUUUUAGAAAUUUGCUUUUUUAUUAUUUUAAAACGUGUUUUUGAAGUCAAGUUUUCUUCUACAAAAAUGUCGAGAAAAAUGAUCGAAACACGUUAAUACAGUAACGGAUAUUUUGUAUCGAUCAAUCAGGUCAGUAUGUGUUACACGAACUGGGUUUUAAGUGAAUACGCUUUCAUUUCCUGAAGUGUUUUUGUUCAAUUCUGUAAGUUAAAUCAAGGUGAGUUUAAGGUCAAUUUUCUCAGAAGCUAUUGUGCAUGUUAAACACUUUCCAAUGCAAAAGAUUUCUCGCAGUCAUACUUAUUGUUAGCUUGAAAUAAAUGAUGUUCCAGCGCGAUAUAAAAACAAUACUGAAUAAUGAAUAAUAGAAAAUGCGCAACGCGCGAAUAAUAAAUG